ACAAGAGUCGUCGUCAACAAUUUUAUCGGAAAUUGACAGAAGAUAACUAUAAUUAAUUGCAACAUACCGGAUCACGCAUUUCGAUAAGAAUGGAUCAGGAGCCAUGCUCUCAUGCUGUACAAUACAACGGCUUGUGUGCGAUAUGUGGUCAAGAUGUAGGGAACUCAAAUACCGAAGAAGGGUCACGCGCCAAUAUCAAUAUGUCACAUAAUGUCCAUGGCUUGAUGGUCAAUCGAUCUGAAGCAGAACGGUUAGAACAAGAGAAUGCGGCGAGACUACUGGAGACUCGACGGUUAUCUCUUAUUGUUGAUUUGGAUCAAACCAUCAUACAUGCUGCUUGUGACCCUACGGUUGGAGAAUGGAUGAACGACAAAAACAACAAAAACCAUCCAGCCACCAAAGACAUCAAGCAAUUUGUCCUUCCCGGCAGCCCACUUGUGUACUAUAUAAAGUUAAGACCGAAGCUACAAGAGUUUCUGAAGGAGGUAACGAAGCAAUAUGAGCUUCAUAUAUACACCAUGGGCACGCGGAAUUACGCAGAAGCUGUAGCAAACAAAAUUGAUCCGGAUAGAACGAUCUUUCGAGAACGAAUUCUUUCUAGGGACGAAAGUGGCAGUUUGACGCAAAAGAAUAUUCAACGACUGUUUCCCUGUGAUACCUCCAUGGUGGUUGUUAUGGAUGACAGAUCCGAUGUGUGGAACUGGUCGCCUAAUUUGAUCAAAGUGAAGCCAUAUGAUUUCUUUGUGGGCAUUGGUGAUAUCAACUCGGUGUUUUUACCGAAACGGGAGCCCAUUCCAAAAUCUGAAACACCUAAUGAACAGCCUCAAACUAAAGAUGCUGUUAGUAACGGAAAAGAAUCAACCGAAGAACGAGAGGAACUGGAUCAAGUAGACGCUGAGACGCUAGCAAAGCAACAACAAGAACAGGAUGCCAUGGUUGAACAGCAACAGAAUGCUCGGCCGUUGCUGCAAAAGCAAAACGAAAUGUCAUUAUCGCAAAAUCAGCCAGUGCUGGUUGAUAAUGACGAAGAAUUGGACAAGAUAUUGGAGAUACUUAAGGAAGUGCAUCGCAAGUUUUAUGAAGACUAUGAUAAGGCUAUGAAGAUUUCACCUUCACAUCGAAUUAUGCCCGAUGUAACUACCCUCCUACCCGACAUGAAAGCCAACAUUCUUGAAGGCACCGUGCUUUUGUUUUCAAGUGUUAUUCCGCUAGGUCAAGAUCCGCAACAGUCUGAUAUUUGGCGGCUGGCAGUUUCGUUUGGUGCGCAGUGUACGCCUGAACUAACUGGCCGUGUUACGCAUGUUGUUGCUGGCAAAGUAAGUUUUACGCGAAAGGAAUACGUGAUGGUAUGACAACAAUGACUUAAAAGACGUAAAUUUAGGCUGGCACACAAAAGGUGAAUGCAGCACGGAAACAUGCACAUAUCCAUAUUGUGCGCAUUGAAUGGCUUCUAGAUUCAACCUCCAAAUGGGAGCGCCUGGACGAAUCUCGUUACCUGCUACCGGAACUAGCCAAUAGAUAGUCGCACUCAUCGACU